AUGGGCCUUGAGGACGAAUAUAUCCCGGGCCUCAAUUUCUCGGAAGUCCUUCUGCACUGGAAUCGGCCGCUCUUGGACCACUCUGCUGCAAAUUCCAGGGAUGCUUCUUACUUGGAUCUCAAACAGCUACACGCCAAAGUCUCCCCUCAGCCGAUACACAGCCGCGCCCAAACCAAGAAGAUCUUCAAUAUGAAUUCGGAAGGCGACGAUGUUGACCCUAUCAAGAAGAAGUUCAAGGCAUCUUCUGGCAGUUCUGGCCAGGUCAGUUUCGAAGCCGUCUUGGCUAGCCUCCCCUCGAACUUCAACGACCUUCCGUAUUCACAGAGAAAGAAAAUGGUCAAAGAGUUUUCUGACUCAAUUGACUAUCCACAAUUCUCCCAAUUCGCGAAAAGCUACAUGUCGAAUAGUCUAGGCGAUGGAGGUCGGUCCCUCGCCUCAGACCCCAAUUCUGUUGCGCGGAAUGGUAGUUUCGUCCGCCGCUCGAGGAGAAAUAGUGCCAACACAGUUGCUGGCCGUCUCUUGGCUCUCUCUCUGUGUGCAGAUAUGAAGAAGCUUGACGAAGUUCCCAAAGAAAACGUUGAUGAGAAAGGGGCCUAUGUCUUGAAUCACCAACUAGGAAAAGUUAUCGGGUUUGGCGCGUGGGGUAUCAUUCGUGAAUGCACCUCAAAGUCAGGCGUAGUGAAAGCCAUCAAAAUUGUGAAAUCCACCAAGAUUUCAGAGACUUCAGAGAAGUUUCACAACCCGAAAGUAUUGCAAAUUUUUCGCACGGAGAUUGAAAUUUGGAAGCAGCUCCAUCAUCCUAAUAUCUUGCCACUCCUCGAUAGCUUAGAGACCGAUGUCAUGAUUUUUUGCUUGACAAAUCGCGUGAAUGGAGGCACACUAUUUGACUUGGUAUCUAGCUGGGGACAUUUUGACGAGGGCAUUGAUAACACGAGCGGGCCAAUAAAAUUCAACAUUGAGUCUCAACGAUUGAGGCUUUUGAAGACAGCAAGCUAUGCACAGCAGAUUGUCGAGGCCCUUUCUUAUAUGCAUCAACAAUUAGGUAUUGUUCAUGGCGACGUCAAGUUGGAAAAUGUCUUGGUCGAAGAUGUGAAUACCGAAAAGCUAAAAUUGAUACUCUGUGACUUCGGUAUGUCUCGGGUAUACAACCCUCGAUUGAGUCGUACCGUUCCUGGAGGAGACACCAAACAUGCAUCAAGAUCGAAAAGCUCUUUUGCGGCUGUCAGAAGACCCUAUGAUGGCCCUGAUUCUCUCAACUCUAAGAAGCUUUUCUCAGAUGAUAGCAAGCUUGGAAUACUGCAAUUAUUCCCUCCCAAUGGCCUUUGCUCUGUCAGCUUAUCCACAACACAUCCAGAAGCGAAAAUAACAAGCUUCCAUGAAUUCAGAUCAGGAGAGCAGACACUGCACAACGAACCCGAAACCGGACUUCCACACCUGCAUAUCGGCCUGUUGCCUUAUGCUUCCCCAGAGCUCUUGUCUCCACUGCCUCCACCUUUAGGACCAUCAGCAGAUGUUUGGGCCCUCGGAGUACUCCUUUAUACAAUGUCUGUUGGCAGGCUUCCGUUCCAACACCCGUAUGAGCCUCGUCUAAGGGCUAUGAUUACUGCAGGAAAAAUCGACAAGACUGAGUUGAGACAAGCCAUGCUCAUGUCUCCAUUGAUUAAAGAUGUAUCUGAUUACUCCAGUUCGUUGGUGGACAUUACAAGAAUAUCUGAAUUGAAGAAAAUAGAAGCAGAAUGGCUCACACAUAAUCAGGAAGAAUUUGAGUGGUUGAAUAAGCUAGUCGAUGGUUGUUUGGAGAGAGACAUUACAAAGAGAUUGGACCUAUCAUCUGUAUCAAAUUCGUUGAUCGAGCAUACUUAG